AUGGGAUCUUUUAAUUCAAGCGGAGUUGACGCGUUCCCAGUUUUCAAUUUAAAUUCCUCAUCAGAAAGUCCAUAUACUUUGCCUACUAUAGCGAGUCUUGCAGCACUUGUAAGUUGUCUUAUUUUGUUUACAGUGGUCGGUAACGUUCUGGUUGUAAUUGCGGUGUUAACAAGCCGGGCACUGAAAGCACCCCAGAACCUGUUUUUGGUUUCCUUAGCCACAGCAGACAUUCUGGUCGCCACUUUGGUGAUGCCUUUUUCUCUGGCAAACGAACUUAUGGGCUAUUGGUAUUUCGGGAAAGUUUGGUGUGGAAUUUACCUUGCUUUAGAUGUCUUAUUUUGCACUUCGUCCAUUGUCCAUCUGUGUGCAAUCAGUUUGGACCGUUACUGGUCCGUUACGCAAGCUGUUGAAUACAAUCUCAAACGGACUCCUAAACGAGUGAAAUGUAUUAUCGUCAUUGUAUGGCUUAUAUCUGCGAUGAUAUCUUCUCCUCCGUUAAUAUCAAUAGACAAGAACAAUGAUAACUCUCAGUACCCAGGAUGUGAGCUGAACAAUGACACUUGGUACAUCCUUUCCUCUAGCAUUGCGUCAUUCUUUGCGCCGUGCCUAAUCAUGAUAUUAGUAUAUAUUAGAAUAUACCAAGUAGCCAAGACAAGGACCAGGGGCAUGUCAGAGAAAAAACAUGGUACUGGUGAAGCUACAAUGACUGAGAAUGGGUUAAGCAAAGCCACCUCGUGCAAAAUCAACGGGGACAAAGAGAACGGGCACUGGCAGUGCCCUUCCACGCCCACCAGCAUGAGGACCACCGGGGUCCCAGACGAGGAGAGCUCCUCCUCAGAGGGCAAAGGUCACCCCAAACCUCAGGACCUAAACCAUAAGAGGGCCAAGAGAGCUAGCCGGAAGAACAGCGCCAUCUCCAAACACUCCAGCCGGAUCUCCAGAGCCAGCAACAAAUCCAUGGACCUGUUCGCUUCCAGGAGGAAGAAGAGGAGGAGGAGCUCUGCGUCCAGGAAAAAGGUAUCUCAGGCCAGGGAGAAGAGAUUCACCUUUGUGCUGGCGGUGGUCAUGGGAGUGUUUGUGGUGUGCUGGUUCCCAUUCUUCUUCAGCUACUGCCUGCACGGAGUGUGUGGGGACCCCUGUAAGAUCCCCGAUCCCCUCUUUAAGUUCUUCUUCUGGAUCGGUUACUGUAACAGCUCCCUCAACCCCGCCAUCUACACUAUCUUCAACCAGGAUUUCCGACGCGCCUUUCAGAAAAUCCUUUGCAAGAACAGCUCGAGGACAACCAUGCAUUUACACAGUCAUUUUUAUUUAUAG